AUGCAAACAUCGGAUAGAUCAAAACCCGUUACACGUACACCAUCAGCAACACAACGAAAUGAAAAUGUUUCUCGACCAGAUUUAGCUGAUCAGGAAGAAGAAUAUAAGCAACUAGAAGCAAAAACAGCUGCUCUAGUGGAAGAAGCAGAACAAGUCCUGAGAAAUCAAGAUAAACUUUUAAAUGAGAAACCAGCAGUUGCACGAAAUUAUAGUUUAUUAGAUCAAGUUGAUACAGACGAUAUAUAUGAUAAAUUUCAACCAAAAAUUGGCGAUGGUGUAGCCAUAAUUGAUGAUAAACAAAUCGACUAUGUUUCUAUACAAGCAAAAGCAAAAACAACAUUUGAUAAAACUGUUUAUGAUAUUGAAACAAAAGUAAAUCAACGUGAUACCAAUAAAAUAUUCAAUAGUUAUUCGAAUAAUGAUGAUGAAAAUGAUGAUGUUUUACCAGCCGCCGCUAAAGAUAUGGGCACAGAGGCAAAAAUUCGUUUUCUUAAAGCACGUUUAAGAGUAAUGCAAGAAGAACUGGAACGAAUGCAUACCGAAUGUAUUAAACGGGUGAGUGAAGACAUGCAUGCAGACGCUGGGACACUACCAUAUUCACUUGAUGAUGAAAAUGAAAAAUUAACAAUAAAAAUGAAAGAAACCGAUGAUGAACGUUCACGUUUAAGUCGUGUAAUAACAUCGUUACAAGAUCAAUUAGAAAAACAUAAAAAAUUAUCAACAGAUUCAAAAACAAAAUUAGACACAACAGAAAUUGAGUUAUCAUCUGUUAAAAAAGAAAUUGAUCAAAUGAAACGACAAACAAAAAAACAAUCACAAGAACAAAAUCAAUCGGACACAAAAUUAAAUCGAGCAUUAGAAGAAGCUGAACGUUAUAAACAACAACUACAAAAAAUGCAAUCAACCACCAAAGAUCUAACCGAACAAGACAAAAAAAAGAUUGAACAAUUGACGAAUGAGAAUAGAAAAUUAGAAAAACAGCGUUUAGAAUUAAUGAAUGCAUUCAAAAGACAAUUAAAAUUAAUUGACGUGUUGAAAAAGCAGAAACUACAUUUGGAAGCAUCAAAACUGCUUCAGUUUACAGAAGAAGAGUUUGUCAAAGCAAUAGAAUGGAAUGUCACUUGA